AUGGGUGAACUUGAUCAAUUUGUGAAUCAAGUAAGAAUUCCAAAUGCUAAUUCACAAGUUUGGAAAGAUGAAUGUAGUUAUUCUUUUGAUAGAACUGAUAUGAAAGAUGGUUUAUUUGUUGAUUUAAAUAGUUUUAUUUCAAUUUCAAAAACAUUCUUACAGUUGAACUAUGAAAAGACUAAACAUUCAGUGUAUUUAAAUAUUCGAAAGGUAAUUCUACCUACCUCACCAAAGACAGAUAGUGAUACUUCGAAUCCACCUCCACCAAAGAAGUUGGCCAUCGGUGUCGAAGGUGGAUUCAACGACGAUGACUCACCAAAGUACGAGGAUCGUUACUCUAUCUAUUUUUAUCCGAUAGACAAGCACUUCGAGUUGAAUGACCCGACUGUGCCAUCCGCCAUCAGAGAGUCGGCAGAGGGCGUAAUCAAAGCCAAUUCAGUGUCUCGCAAGGAAGAGAUCGUCGGUUGGUCGGCAGAACAGGUAUUUCCCUCAAAGUAUGCCGACGACUUGAAGCAGCUGGACAAUGGUGUUCGCGUGCCACCAACAGGCUGGCGUUGUAACGAGCCAGGCUGUGAUCGUUCCGAGUCGAAUCUCUGGCUCAAUCUUACAGAUGGUAACAUUGGAUGCGGUCGUCGCUACGCCGAUGGAACCGGUGGAAAUGGCCACGCACUCACUCACUACGAUAAAACAAAAUAUCCGCUUUCGGUCAAGCUGGGAACCAUCACCAAGGAGGGAACCGCCGACGUCUAUUCCUAUCCAGAGGACGAAAUGGUUUCCGAUCCAAAACUUGCCGAACAUCUAGCACACUUUGGUAUCAACAUCUUCCAGAUGAGCAAAACAGAAAAGUCAAUGGCUGAAUUGGAACUCGACCAGAAUCUCAAUUUCGAAUUUGGAAAACUCUCUGAGAAGGGAAGAGAACUAAAGAAUGCAUUCGGUAGUGGAAAGACAGGUAUUGAAAAUCUUGGAAAUACUUGCUAUAUGUCAUCUGUAUUGCAAAUGUUAUUUGCAACACGUCAUUUCAAGGAUAGAUAUAUCAGUCAGAGAGAACAUUCAUUCAAAGAGAUUACACAGGAUCCAACAUCAUCUUUUGAGAUUCAAAUGUCAAAGUUGGCUCAUGGUUUGGAGAGUGGUGACUAUGCAAAGCCAGAGGAGGUCAACCAACCCAAAAAUGAACAGGAACAAGUAAAAGCAUCACAAAUUGGUAUUACUCCAAAGAUUUUCAAGAGUUUGGUCGGAAAGAACUCGUCGAUCUUUGCAACCUAUCAACAACAAGAUACUCUUGAAUUCUUCCAGUUCAUGUUGCAGUGGAUCGAGCGUAAUGAGAAAACACGUCCCAGCUGGAUUCGUUCGGAAGACCCAACCAAGGCAUUCACCUAUGUCCUAGAGGAGAGAAUCGAAUGUGGUUCAAGUGGUAAGGUUAAAUACACCAAUAGAAUCGAGAAUGUCUUGUCACUUGGCAUACCAAUGGAGGCAGUGACCAACAAGGAGGAAGUUCAAAUCUACGAAUCAUUGGUAGCUAGUAACGGUGGAAAACCACCUGCUGGUCAAGAAGAAAUCAGACCCAUCGUUCCACUUCAAGCAUGUCUAGACAACUUUGCCGAAUCCUAUAAAGUCUCUGAUUUUAUGAGCACAGCAAUCGGUGGUAAAACAUUCUCAAUCAAUUCAACAAGAUUAGCAAGUUUCCCAGAUAUUUUAGUUAUUCAUUUAAGAAAAUAUGUGAUUGGAGAUGAUUGGGUACCAAAGAAAUUAAAUAUCUGUAUUGAUGCACCAGAUAAUCUCGAUAUUUCAUACCUGAGAGGUACUGGUAAGAAACCGAAUGAAGAAGAAUUACCUGAACAAGAAGUACAAGCUGCUGCACCAGUUCCAAAUAGUGAGAUCGUCGAGAUGUUGACUGCUAUGGGAUUCCCAAAGAAUAGAGCUGCAAGAGCUGCUUUGGCUGUCAACAACUCUGAUGCUGACUCUGCUAUGAACUGGGCAUUGGAACAUGGUGAAGAUCCAGGUGUUGACGAUCCACUCCCAGCUCCUUCUGCUGCCAAGCCUGCUGCUGCUUCAAUGUCAUUCAAUGCCGACGACCUCAUGAUGUUGGAAGCAAUGGGUUUCAACGACAAACAAGCCAAACUUGCACUUAAAAAUACAAACAACAAUGUCGAGAGAGCUGCUGAUUGGCUACUCUCUCAUAUGGAUGAUCUGGAUCAAUUGCUUGCUCAAAGUGAAUCGUCAUCAGCAGCCCCAGCACCAAAAUCAACAAACACUGUUGACAAUUUGACCAAAAAAGUUAAAGAUGGAGAAGGAAAAUAUGAAUUAGUUGGAUUCAUCUCCCAUCUUGGAAGCAACGUUCACAUUGGACACUAUAUUUGUCACGUCAAGAAGGAUGGUGAGUGGAUAAAGUUUAAUGAUCGACAGGUACAGCACUCUGUUGAACCACCAAAGGAAUUUGGAUAUAUUGUGUUGUUUAAUUUAAUCACAGAUCAAACCAUUUAUGGUUUUGAUAGAAAUAUCCCUUUGUUUGGUGUUUGGGAUUGGAAAAAAGAGGGGGGUCAAGAUCUAACAUUCAAUAAACUUGAAAAUAUUUUUAAUCUAUCGAAUAUUUAUAAAUAA